AUGGAUCAGAUAAGUCCAGGAAAUCUCCAUCAAGACAGAGCUCCACGUCCUGGUCACCACAGCCAUGCCUACUCCAAGAUCAACGACAACUUCCACAACGAGUGGUUUGAGGUUGCCGUCUGCAGCCCCUCUGCUCCACCCUCUGAUAUCCCACAAUUCUUGCUACCUGUCCUGCCCCGCCCUGUGUCGCCAGCCACAACCAUCAUGACCAGCUUUGUGGAAACGAUACACGGUACCAGCAUGGACUCUGAUGAGGAGGCUCAAGAGAUCAAGUCUGAAGUUGUCAAGCCAGCUUCUCUGAAGAGCCUACUGUAUGACAGCUACACAGCAAAGACAGACCGGGUAGAAUGGUGUCACAUCAACUACAAUGGCUGUUUCUGUGCGGAUGAGGCCUGGGGCUUCCAAGUGGAGUGGCUGGUAUCCACUCCAAGUCUCCUGGUGGAAGUGCUGCAAGGUUGGGCUCGUAAAGCUGUCCAGUGUGGCUUCCAUCUUGUUCCUGCUCCCAUGGAUGCCUUCAACCAAUGUCCUCACUUCAACAACCCGCUCGCCUGCCCUCGCUUCAUCCCUCUUGACAUUCAGUGUCUUCAAGCAGGCACAGGUCAAAGGUUAUUUGAGCACAUUGACCCUAGCAGCCAAGAGAGGAGAGUUCACUUACUCCAGGAGACAAUUCUGAAGAGGUUUGGUUUCAUCAAGGCCAGCGAACCCUUCCCCCUCUCUCCCAUCACAUCCCAGCAUUCCAUUAAAGACCAAAUUCAAUAUGUCCAUAUGACGGGCAUGGCCCUCAUCCUCAUCGUACCACCCACCAAUCAGGACACUACAUUCUGGGAUGACCUUUUGCCCAUUUACGGUGCUUCGACGUCCGGAAACAGCCCAACGGACCAGGAGGCAAGGACAUAUGUCAAGACAGAGCCUGACCAGAAAGGGCUUCCCAUGCAAGACCGGGCAUCAAAUAUGGUUGCAGAAGUGGGAUUCCUGUGGGUGCCCAACUACCUGCUCACCAAACGCUGGCGCACAAGCUCCUCCGCAGAUGAGAAGUUUCUUGAGAGACUGUUGCAGGAUUUCACCAGCUUCUGUGAGAAUUGCGACAAUCGUCUGAGUGAAUUCUGGGAGAAAAGCAAGAAGGCUUGCCACUCUCCAACCCAACAAUAGAAUAUACCAAGACAAAACUCGUUUUUUUUAUAUUAAUGGUAACUCUUGCAUGAAGUGUUCUAGGCAGAAAGUAUGAUACCAAAACUGAUGAAACACGGACUGACUACUGAAAGAAAGUUACAAAUAUUCUUUAUUAAAUUUAUAAUACC